AGAGAGAGAAUCUGGCCUAUUCCUACUAAGUCACAAUGAAAGCGUCUUUUAUGCUCCUAGUCACAAUCCUGUGUCUUGGUUUUUCUUCGACUUUGGCUUCCGUGCGAGAUGGCAGACAUUUGGCCAAUGUGCGAACUUCUUACGUGAGACGAGGGAGUGAAGAAUACCGCUUCUGCAAAAUUGAAGACACUGUGGGGGCGUGUCUGACGAGUGACAACUGUCAUAGACAAGGGGGCCUCUUCGCUGGACAUUGUGGCAAGAGUCAGGACGUUUGUUGUGUAGUCCCCAAGACCUGCGGAGAAAGGACGAGCGCCCACAGCAGUUACUUCCGGAACCCUUCCUUCCCCAAGAACGACACAGAAGCUCGUGUUUGCUCCCUCACUGUGGAUAUUGGGAAAGGCAUCUGUGGAGUCAG